UUUCUCAGUCCCUUCCACCACCACUGAAAAGACACUAAAGUGAAUGUUUCCAAAUGGACGAUAAGGAAAACAGCAUGGCUCUUAAUAGUCAGUCAAUGAAAGGGCAAAAGAGACACAACAUUGGGCUGUCAAUGCAAGCCACCCUGCCGAAACAGCCCCGCUGGCGUCAGAUCAUUGUGAGAAUUGGAUGUUCUGUAAUGAUCCUUUUAAUUGGUGCUAUGAUAGCACAGCGUAUUUGGGCUUUUCAGAUGAAGCAACUGAUGAAUACCAUGGAGAAAGCCCGUGUCCUCCAGGAACCCACUACAAAAGUAACAGAAAAUAAGUCUGACCUGAAGAACUUUGUGUCUCGCCUGAGGCAUGUUUUAUGUCGGCCCCUCCACACAGGCUUAGUAGAUAAUUCCACAUGCAAACUCUGCCCUCAGAACUGGUUGUUCUAUGAGGACAAAUGCUACUGGAUCUCUAAAGGAAAAGGAAGCUGGAAGAAGAGUAAGGAAGACUGCACAGCUAGAUCAUCUCAGAUGUUGGUGAUGCAGAAACAGAAAGACAUGGCUUUUAUCCAACUUAUUAACGAAGGGAUGCAAUUGCUGUGGAUUGGAUUACAAGCCACAUUCCCUGAACAGAAAUGGACCUGGGUGGAUGGCUCUCCAUUAGAAGACAAACAAUCCCAAGAACUGGGCCCUGUUGAAAGAAACAGCUGUGGGAUGCUGAAUGGGAAUGAAAUUAUUUCUGAAGCCUGCAGUACUAUAGCCGCAUGGGUCUGUGAAACAGAAUCUCUUGAUAUAAGCAAUAAUAAAAUGUAAAGGGCAAACGACUGUCCUGGUUCUGCCAUGAAUGAUGACUCAAUAGUGUGGCGGAGCCAAGGUGCCCAACUUGGGGGCGCCCAUGGGCCUGCAGGCACCUUUCUUGGUGCCUACCAAGUGUUUUAAGAAAGUGGGUAGGGCCUGAUGGGUCUUUUGUUCUGCAGAGCUUCUGAUUAGCUGUGGAGAUUUUUGAAAAUGUUGCUCUGACAGCAGCUGCCACCACAGCACAAGGAUCUUCACUGUGUGAUUGAAGGUAAUCUGUGUAUAUUCAAGGAAAUUCUUUACAACAGUAUGUUCAUUUUAUAUUCAGUACAGUAAGAUAUAAUCAUUGCUAUAUGAUAAAAUGUGAAUUGUAAAUAUGUUAUUUAUGAAUGUGUAAUAAUUCAGAAAAUGUAUACGGAAUGUAACAA